CGGCUGUUCUCGAAACGCUCUCGCGCUACUUAGAUGCACUGCUUCAAGUCAGAUUUCGAUCGAUCCGCACAGCGCGGCAGCAAGUCGAACAAGCUUAUUAUUAUGGUGGUCACAAGACUGUAUGAAACGAUAGGUCUUCCGGGCCUAACAUAGAGAAUAUUAGUAAAAAUAAUAGAUGUUACCUUUGCCAAGGUCCAUCUGGUGCAAUUAUUUUAUUUUAUUUUAAAUAUAGCAACAAAUACCGUACUGUGGGCGUUAUACCGAGGUAUUGUCGUGCAGUGAGAUUUUGAUAUUGUUACAUCUCUAGAAAUGACUACUUUUUGGAUGAUGUCAUCAAUCCCUCUAUGACUCCUCCCCUCAGAUCACCUGACUCCAUUCUGCUAUUGAUGAUGUUGUUAUUCAUUCUGCUUCUGGCACAUUCAAGUGCUCCAUUUCGAGACAUUUCGCCAUCUUCGCUGUCUGAGAACAGGCGGUCGUGCCCUCAUCUUAAAAUGACACAUCCGAGCGGGAGGACACUGAACAUCAUCUGUCAGCAUGAGCGAUAACACCUCAACAUGAGGAGCGGUGGAAAGAUCUCGCCCGAGUCCUGCGCCCCUCGUGAAGCCGUUUCUGUGAGAAGUUUGCUUUUUCUUUGGAUGCUCAGAUCUGCCGUGGCACAGUUGAGAGGAUUACGUCAGGUCUAAAGGAGGCACUCGGGUACCUGAACCUUUAUGAUGUUUGGUGUAAGCGUCAGUCUCAGAAUGAUCCUUCAGAUUCUUGCCGUGAUUUUGGAUGCUACACUCGUCAGUUGUCAACAAGCACAAUACACCACCGUCACCACAAACUACGGCAAACUGCGUGGAUUAAGAGUGGCAUUGCCCAGUGAGAUCUUGGGCCCGGUGGAGCAGUAUCUGGGCGUACCGUACGCCUUGCCCCCCACUGGAGAACGGAGGUUUCAGGCCCCCGAGCCACCCUCGUCCUGGCCGGGCAUCAGGAACGCCACACAGUUCGCCCCGGUGUGCCCGCAGUACCUGGAGGACAGACUCCUGCUGACCGACAUGCUGCCCGUCUGGUUUACCGCCAACCUGGACACGGUCGCCAGUUACAUACAUGACCAGAGUGAAGACUGUCUGUACCUCAACAUAUAUGUGCCCACAGAGGAAGAUGCACAUGAUGAUACGGGCUUGAAGCCGGUCAUGGUCUACAUUCACGGCGGCUCGUACAUCGAGGGAACGGGCAACAUGAUUGACGGCAGUAUUCUGGCCAGCUAUGGCAAUGUUAUUGUUGUGACGGUCAACUACAGGUUAGGAGUUUUAGGGUUUCUUAGCACCGGCGAUCAAGCUGCUAAAGGGAAUUAUGGUCUGUUGGAUCAGAUCCAGGCUCUGCGAUGGGUGAAGGAGAACAUUCAGUCUUUUAAUGGAGAUCCACAGAGAGUGACGAUAUUCGGUUCAGGAGCAGGAGCUUCGUGUGUCAGUUUACUGACUCUCUCACACUAUUCUGAAGAUCUGUUUCAGAAAGCUAUCAUUCAGAGCGGCACGGCUCUCUCCAGCUGGGCCGUCAAUUACCAACCGGCCAAAUACGCCCGCAUGUUGGCCGAGAAGGUUGGCUGCAAUGAAGACGACACGGUUGAGCUGGUCGAGUGCCUCCAAAACAAAAACUACAAAGAGCUCAUCGAGCAGAACAUCACGCCCGCCAAAUAUCACAUCGCCUUCGGACCAGUGAUCGAUGGAGACGUCAUUCCAGACGACCCACAAAUCCUCAUGGAACAGGGAGAAUUCCUCAACUACGACAUCAUGCUGGGGGUGAAUCAGGGCGAAGGCUUCAAGUUUGUCGAAGGGAUCCUAGACAGCGAGGACAGAGUUUCUGCCAGUGACUUUGAGUUUGCCGUCUCUGAGUUUGUGGAUCAUCUGUACGGUUACCCAGAAGGGAAGGACACCCUGAGAGAAACCAUCAAGUUCAUGUACACAGACUGGGCGGACAGAGAAAAUCCUGAGAUGAGACGGAAAACGCUGGUCGCGCUUUUCACGGAUCACCAGUGGGUGGCGCCGGCCGUCGCUACAGCAGACCUGCACGCUCAGUACGGAUCACCGACAUACUUCUAUGCGUUCUAUCAUCACUGUCAGAGCGAGAUGAAGCCCGCGUGGUCCGACUCGGCACACGGAGAUGAACUUCCGUAUGUGUUCGGCAUUCCGAUGAUCGGACCCACGGAUCUCUUCAACUGUAACUUUUCAAAGAAUGAUGUGAUGUUGAGCGCUGUGGUCAUGACCUACUGGACCAACUUUGCCAAAACUGGAGACCCAAAUCAACCGGUUCCCCAAGAUACCAAAUUCAUCCACACCAAGCCCAACCGUUUCGAGGAGGUGGCCUGGUCGAAAUACAACCCUAAAGAUCAGCUGUACCUGCACAUCGGCCUGAAGCCUCGCGUCCGCGAUCACUACAGAGCCACCAAGAUCGCCUUCUGGUUGGAGCUGGUGCCGCACCUGCACAACAUCAACGAACUCUUCCAGUACGUUUCAUCCACCACUAAAAUCCCUCCUCAGGACACCACGCCCUUCUCCUACACCAAACGCCUGUCCAACAAACUCUGGCCUUCCACCACCCGCCAUCCCGCCGUCCCGCCCGCCAACACCAAACAGAUGUCCGACCAGCAGAAGACGUCGGAGCGCGAGGACGGGACGGUCACCAUCGAGGCCAGAGAUUACUCCACCGAGCUGAGCGUCACCAUCGCCGUGGGGGCAUCUUUGCUCUUCCUGAACAUCCUGGCGUUCGCCGCGCUGUACUACAAGAAAGACAAACACCGUCUGGAGUCCAGCCGCCGACUGAGUCCUCCGAGAAACCUGGCCAACGACGUUCCCCGCGUCCCCAGCGAAGAGCUGAUGUCGCUGCAGAAGCAGCUGGAUCACGAUCACGACUGCGAUUCGCUGCAGGGCCACGACAUGAUCCGCCUCACCUGCCCUCCGGAUUACGCUCUGACGCUCCGUCGCUCGCCCGACGACGUCCCUCUCAUGACGCCCAACGCCAUCACCAUGAUCCCCAGCUCUUACGCCAGCAUGCAGCCGUCGUAUCACAACCCGUUCAACAUGUUCGGCAACAGCACGCCGAGCAGCGGCGUGGGUCUCCCUCAUGGACACUCCACCACCAGAGUAUAGCUCACAUCAAGUCACUGUUUAGAUGACACGCACCCGGUGCUCGAACACAAAUACUGAGGGUGUUCUUUUGCUAUCUGACUCUUUUCUGAAUUCACUACCGUUACUCCUAUUAACUGGUGUCAUGUGAUGGCUGAAUGUAAUCGCUGCUCAUCGAACACAGAAGAGAUCACGCUACAUGAUGGAGGAUUAUUUGCAAGUUGAUUUCCUGAAUAACAUUAAAGGGGCUGCGGGGGGUGUAUAUUAUCACAGAAACUGUCCGUCUUACAGUAAUCAUCAGAUGAUGCAGUGAUGAGAGUGUUAUGAGCGGCCGCUGUGUGUGGAGAUGAGAUGAAGCUCUUCGGGGGUCUGAACCCGCCGUCACAUUGUGUGUUUCAUGAACGAAGAUUAAGAACCGGUUGACGUGAUCCUAUCUUCAUGUCUGUUCCCUCUAGGGUUGGGAAUCGUUUGAAUUUUAUCCAUUCCGAUUCUGCUUAUCGAUUUCAAUUCUUAUCGAUUCCCAGUUUCGAUUCCACAGUUGAAGUAAAACAUUUAGAUAUCAACCUGUAUGGUCGUUUAGCCUGCUUAUUGACUCGUUUGCGAACAACAUCUACAUUUAUGAGCACCGUUUUGUGUAUAUACAGUAUACACACAGAACCAUGAUUUUUCUGAUUUAUUACAAUUUGUAUUACCAUAGCUGAACUACAUCAUGGUUAAACUGUUGUAACUAUAAUGAAACUAUGGUUAAUUUGUGGUUCCUGUGCUUUAGUGCAAAUACUAUAGUUAUCUCAAUAAAAGCCCUUAUGAAAAUUAACGAUAUUUUUAACAGAUCACGCAACGCGUGUACUUUUCUGAAAAUACGCAGACAGGAAUUGAUAAGAGCAAUUCAGAUUUUAAUCUCAAGUAUCCGAUUCCUACUCCUUUCGUUUCCGAUCCGAUUCCUAGCCUUUGGAUUCCGGUUCCAAAUUGGAAUUGAUUUUCGAUUCCCAACCCUAGUUCCCUCACGUGCAUAAACAGCAAUAGCAGAAGCAUUGAUAUGAAGAGCUUGUCCUCCUAUAAAUACAACAAUUCUGUUCAUUGUUAUGUUUUAAAGUAAAGCGGUCAUCAAAAAUGACAGUGUUUUAAUCUCAUCGCCAAUUGAAAAUGUGGGUUCGUUUUGCAAAAACAAAAACUUUCAGAUUACUGCAUUUAUGAUUUAUGGCCGAUGUAUUUAUUUAAAGUGAUUUACAGUGGAUCUGAGCUCUAUUUUCUGGUCAGUUUUGUUCAUGUGAUGCUCUACCGGUAGAGCUACACGACUUUCUGCUGAUCAGAUUAAAUCCCACAAUGCAUUGCAACACAAAGGUUUCUGUGGCAUCUCGUGCUGACGGUGUAGAGGUGUUAAUGUAAUAAACGCUCCAUAUUUGAGAGAAGUGACGGAUGUCGGAGGAUAGUGUGGACCUGAAGGACUCUGUGCCAAAACUAAACGUUCAACAAGUGAAAAGCCUUGUGUUUUUCUAUCAAGUCUUAUAUUUUGAAGAAGAGAUCAGGUUGCGAUGACCUCGAUGAAGAUUCUGUGCCACGUGUUUAAAUUGAUUCGCUCUCGUAUUUCAUUUUGUCAUUAUUAACUCGUCCUCAUGUUGUGCCAAACCUGUCAAACUUGCAGGGAACAUGUCAGAAUAUUCCUCACGCAGCUGUUUUCUUAAGCUCGCAAAAGUCACAGUGACGACGGUCAAUAUGAUCACGUGACAUCAUCAUUCGUCAUGAUCUGAAAUGUCAAUACAUUGACAGCACAUGACUUGUGUUGUUGUGCUGCAUCAUGACGGAAUCGGGACUCUAUGAGCUCGUGUCAAUGAGGUGAUCGCCUUCAUGUGCCGAUACUCACGUUUGUAAGCCUGAUCAGCAUAAUGUAUAUAGCAUAGAGUACAAUGUAAAAAGAACAACUAAAGCUUAUAGUAUCAAUAGGAUUACAGUUCUGAAUGUACGUUCAGUCCUCCGUUUCUGCUCAUUUCGUUAUUUAUGUGACUGAUGACACUAUAGGAAUAGAUACUGUAGAUGCACAUGCUGUUUUGAUUCCUCUGUAAAGGUGUACAGGUGUGUCGUUUCAGCGAAGCCGAAGCUGGUGUGGGUUUGGGGCGGGGCUAGUGAUGACGCACUCAUUCAAGUUCUUAUUUCAUUUCUUGGGAACCCAGCGUAUAUUUUGGGUUCCAUCUGGACAGCUUUAUGAUUAUAGAUCAUAAAUGCAGUUUUCUAAUCUUGCUUUGUCUUCGGGCUGGAAUGUUUGUGUGACCUCGUGUUUGUUUUACGUCUGGAGGAACACGAGUGUCCGUGUCAGGCAGGUGAGUUUUUACUUUGGGUUUCAGAAUCAUGUGAGGGUGUUGUUUACUCUAGAGGAGACAUCUGUGCACACGCAGAACUAUCCGGACAUCACCACACACAUUUCAGAGGUUUUGUUUCAGUGAACGUUAAAGUGAAGCGUGUCACCAGCUAUUAAACACCGAUUGAGCUUGAUUCUUGCAAGGCAAAGGUCAUGGGUUUCAUUCCCAGUUAUAUGUCGCAUGAAUUAAAGCAUCCGACGAGUCAAUGUAAAUGUUCACGAACUGGCCGAAUCGUCGACAGACGUUGAGGAAUCGAAGCAUUGUUUUUAUAGCGACACACUUCCCUUUUAUUCUGAGAUGCGUCUGGAACGGAUAGAAAUGUUUUCUUUUUUUCAAACGCUUUGGUCUGUUGUCAUUUCAGUGUCCGGAGAGGAAGAUUGAAGCUGAAUACUGUUUCCUGUCUCUUUAUAAUGUAAUACAACGAUUCUAAAACUGUACCUCAGUUGUGUUUGCCGAAAGGUUUAUUAAGGAUAAGGAUUUUUCAAAGGGAAUUAGAUCUUUUUGUUGCACCCUCAUGUUAUACUAGAUCAUUGAGAUCAUUUUAUAAAGUAUAUUACAACGUUUCAAAUGAAUGCCUCAUCUUUCGUCUCAGUAAAGAUUUGAUUUUCAGUCUUAAAGUUUCUGCUGUCUGACCGACAGGGUCAUGAUAGAAAUGUCUCGCUGGAAGUCAUUCUUUGGUGUGUGAUGUCACAGCUCAUGUGAGUGAGUUUGUUUUGCCUCAUUGAGAGACGCUGAUGGAUGUAAGAGACAUUGUGCUGCUUUUUCUAAAAAGAAAUAAACUUAGAUUUUACUCA